AUGGAACGAGUGUUUCCCCAACAGGUAAAUGCGGCAUGUGCUCCCGACGGCAACGGGGCGGCGAGCAGCGCCCGCAACCCCGUCCCACUAACGGGGUGCUCAACUAGCGCAAUGCCCGGCGCCAACAUGGUCGCCGCUGCCCAAGCCAUUCCCGGCAAUGGCGGCGCCAGGACCUACCAGUGUCCCUACUGCCCGUACUCCACCAGCCAGGCGGUACUGCGCUCCCACAUUCGUACGCACACUGGGGAAAAGCCGUACGCGUGUCCCAGGUGUCCCUUUCGCAGCGCGACCAAGAGCAACCUCACGCUGCACAUCCGAUCUCACACCGGGGAAAAGCCUUUCUCGUGUCCAUUCUGUCCCUUCCGGGCGGCCGUUAGCAGCAACCUGAAAAUACACAUCAGGUCCCACACCGGGGAGAGGCCUUACAGCUGCUCCCGAUGCGACGCCUCGUUCACGCACGCGAGUCACCUCAAAAGGCACUUGAAGAUCCAUGCAUGAAAGCGCCCUGAAGCCGGCGCUCGCAGGGACGGCCUCGGGAUUCCCGCUCUUUGUUGUCGCUGUGGGACGCUCUUGACGAAGAGGCACGUAUAUAGACACAUGUGCAAAUGUGU